AUGAAACGAGUAGUGAAUAACGAUAAAAUCACAGUAAGGGCUAAUAGAAUUCCUCCCAAAUUUGAAUCAAGCUCAACCAGGGCAACGAAGGAGUCAACUUACGGAGGUUCGCUCCGUUCUGGUUUAACAAAUAAAACUAAAGUCGGCUGCUAUUUGGCUACUACAUCUCACGAGAGGAAACGAUUGGGACCUCUUGACACGAAUGUUCCUUUAAAACAAAAUUUGACUGAAAAACGUCAAAAAACCAUGGGAAGCGUUUCUUCAAAAGAGAAAUUGGAACGGCGAAAGGCUAACAGGUUUGUGUUCUCGCGACACGGUGAUCUUACUGCUGCUAAAGAGGAGGAUAUUACUCAAAAGGCGUAUAGUGCUAUGGAGGAACAGUAUACCUGCACGAAAGAACAGUUAGAGGCUACAGAAAUGGAACUUAAUGAGUUACGUUAUACACUACAAAACUUUGUGAAGAGAAAUGAAGAAUUGCAAACGAAUAUAGAAGACUAUCGACGAAUCAUCAACAGUUUUAAAACUUCGUCGGAGGGCUAUUGCAGCGAAGGUGCAAAAACUAAUAAUGAUCUUCUGAAAUCUGUUAUCGCGGAGGAGAAUAAAGAAAAUGUAGCAGAAGGCGAUAAAAAGACGGUCCUUUACUCUUGUCCUUUAUCGGGGUUUGCAUUGUCUCGACUGGAAGAAGAGAACAAUAAGCUUACUAUAGACAAUCGUAGUCUAAAGGAGAAACUGAUUAAAUUGGAGGAGGAAGCUUUAAAUGCGUGGCGCAAUAAUGAGGAGUUGAAUGCAGCUAUUGAGGCUGAAAGGCUGGAAUGGGAAUCUUUGAAAGCGGAUCUUCUAAUAGCAGUGAAAGUUGCAAACGACUUUAAAGUUGAAGCUCAGCUGGAAAAGCAAGCUUUGCUGGCCAAAAUAACGAAACUUCAAAACCGUAGGUCGAGUUUGGCUUCAUUAACAAGUUUACAGAAUAACGAGCAUUCUGCACCUGUGACUGAAUUUUCGCAGCCUUACACGUGGGAAAAAGCUGCUUGGACGAAAUUGUCUGAAAGCCGUGCAUCUGGGGGAGCUCCAACCAGGUUCAGUGCGCUUUUGCAGUGGUGUCGUUCUACUUUAAAAGAUCAUAACGAUCUUGAUGUGACUAACUUUAGCAGCAGUUGGACUGACGGCAGAGCGUUUUGUUACUUGUUUGCAGCUUUUUUCCCAGAUAAAUUUGAUCUGAAGGCAAGUUUCGCGUUGUAUUUUAAGAUCGCUUUAAUGAAUUCUGCAGAGCGUUUGAAACUAGCAUUCGAUUUUGGUCGAACUACUGGUAUUCAGAAGGAGGUUUCUGUAAGUGAUAUCUUGGACUGCGAGAGGCCUCCAUGGACUACUGUGAUGCCUUAUGUGCUCAACAUUUACCAUGUUGUUUGCUGUUCGUGA